AUGGUUCAUCCACGUGCAUCAACAAGAUGGCGAUGCUUGCGGAGCCGCGACGGCGACAGAAAUUGUCUUUUGACCCGAGAAAUAAAGCUUGGAGUGAAGAUUCCACCAAGUUUGGUCAGAAGUUGAUGGAGAAGAUGGGUUGGUCAAAGGGCAAAGGUCUUGGGGUCAAAGAGGAUGGAAAUGUCUCGCACGUCAAAGUUUCUCUCAAGAACAACAACUUGGGGAUCGGAUGCAAGGCUAGUCAAGAAGACAAUUGGAUUGCCCAUCAAGACGAUUUCAACGACCUUCUCAGCUCCCUCAACGAGGGGCAUGCGCCCUCUACGUCAAACGAAAGAGAAGCCUUGAGCUUGGAAGAACGCUCUAAGAAGUCUCGCAGCAGAGUUCAUUACAAGAAAUUCACACGAGGCAAGGAUAUGAGUCGUUAUGGAGAGGAUGGUAUGAAUAGCAUCCUGGGACGCCGCCUCACAAGCUCUGCUCCGGUUACACCUCAAACACAAUCGGUAGAGAACUCAGACAACGAAGAAGAGAAAGAGAAGGAAGAGAAGACCCAUGGUAUCGUCACCAUCAAAGGCUCCUGCAGCGUCGGGGAAUACUUUGCACAAAAGAUGAGUGCCCUCAAGAAAGCAAAGCGCAGGCAGGAGAGUGAAUCGCACUCGGAUACCGAGCUAGAAGUGCCUCGUUGCGGAUUCGGUUUCAGGGAUUCUGCAGAGCAGGGUCAGAGGUCAGAUGUAGACGUCGCAGGACCAUCAGGUUUACUGGAUGAAGGGAACGAAGAAGAGGAGGAGCAGGAGGAAGAGGAGAGCGAAGAGGGGCAGGAUGGUCAGAGGAAUCGCAGCAAGAAGAAAAAAAAGAAGCGGAAGAAGAAGGCACGGGCAGCUGCUCGGGACUCGGAUGAGGAGAACGGGGAGCAGAUCGAGGUUCGGGGAGAGAGCGACAUUGAGGAGGACGAGGGCAUCGAUCUCGGUCGGAAGAAAAAAAAGAAUAAGAAGAAGCGGCGGCUCGUUGAUGAAAGCAAGUCGGAAAGCGCCAGUGAGCACAAUGAGAACAGCGACAAGAAGAAGAAGAAAAAGACGAAAAAAUCUAAGAAGGAUAAGAACAGACAUUCCGAAACCCCAGACUGCUCGCACGAAGAUGACACUGCCGAGAAUAGUGAAGAAAGGUCUAGUGGCGAGACUAGUAAACGUAAGAGGGAAAGUAGUGAAGAGGGUCUGGAGGAUGAGAGGGGAGAGACUAGCUCAGGUAAGAAGAAACGUAAGAGAAAUUAUCAGGAAGAUGAAGAGGACUGUGGCGAAGGUCCAAGUACUAGCGCAAAGAAGAAAAAGAAAAAGAAGCAUAAAGUGUGAUGUUUUCCUUCUAAACAUUAGAUAGAUAAAUCAAUACUAAUAUAACUAUAGAUUGGUGUACUCUCCUUUAUAGUCCGAAGGGUUUGUAAUUCCAAAGUUUCAUUUUUUUGUAGGUUCAUUAUUUUAAAUUGUGCAAAUCGCAUGUAUCAAGAGAAUUUAACUUAUGAAUUUUUCCAUGGCGAAGAAGAAUAGUGUAGUAGGUUUCACGGUACACAAUGUAUCUUUAUUGGACAAGUGUUGUUCCUGAAAAGGACCACCCAAUCUCGACUUUUUGACAAGUGUGUUCUUGUAGUCCUCAGGAGGACUUUGAAACAAGAUAGGUUGUGUUAAACAGGAAAAUCAAAGAAACAGAUCAACAAAAGUUUGAGAAAAAAUGAAUAAAUAAUAAGAAAGUUAUGAGCAUUUGAAGUUUAGAUCAUUAUCAUAAUGUAGAUCCUCCAGUUGACAAUGCGGCAAAGAUGUUUGAUGUCACUUGUGAACAAUUUUUAUGUAUAUUUCACCUAAACUGCCUCCUUUAUCACAUCUAUCGGUAGAUCAUGUAUUCUUUCUAUAAGAGGGCAUUUAAUAUGGAUUUUUGAGAAUACAUUAUAGAUAAAGAGUUUGUAUCAC